AUGAAUCAACACUGUUUAUGCGGAAGCUGGGCAGUGGAGAAAACAUCAUGGACUGAAUACAACCCGGGAAGAAGAUUUUUAACAUGUGUUAAUGGGAGAUGCAACUUUUUCAAGUGGACUGAGCCUGAGCUCGACCCACGCAGCAAGAAAAUAAUAAACGGCUUGGUAAGGCGUUUCAAGUUGAAGGAUGAUGAGCAUUUUGCAGAGAUGAUUAAGGCUAAGGAGGAGUAUCAGGAGUUUUACAAAGAAGAGAUGAAUGCUGCCAAAAAAGAAGCUCGGAAUUGGAAAUGCUUUGCUGUUUUGCUGUUGUUAUAUGUUUUUCGCUGUUAUUUUGCAUCAGUUGGGGUCGAUGACAACAAAGCUUAA